CGUCAACGCGUCAACUUCCACCAUCCACUCAUCCACUAAUUUUGGGAUGGCAAUGCUCUAGUUCUGAUCAUGGCAAGUGGAGAAUCAAACUUCUUUAUUUUCAGAAUUAUCAUUCGAAUCACCAUCGCCUUCAACUCGUGUCCUUUGAUGGUACUAGGCUGAGGACGGGGCUCUUGCGAUGUCCCGUGCAUCCAACUUGAAGUGAUUGAGGUAGUGCCUCAAUCUCAGAGUUUGCGCUAGUCUCUCUAUUUCGAGGAGAAAACGACGCUGCACCGUUAGCCAAACUUGACGGAAGCGCGAGGUGUUGUACUAUCAAAAAAAAUUCGAUCCGUUCUCUUUGUCUCUGUAAUAUCCUGCAAGCUGUCAACCGGUCAUGACUCGGAUCUCAAUCAAAAGAUGGUGGACAUUGGUUUCAAGUGCAUCAACAAGAUAUUUUCGUGUAAUAUCUCUCCCGGACUCUUGUCAGCCUUAUAUAAAUGGUUCGACCAUUUCCUGGGCCAUCGCUUCUGUCUCCCCAGUCCCAGCAUCCCCCAGCUAUAUACAGGCACUUCCCCGGUCCAUAAUGAAUGCUUCAAGUGAUCCUGGCGGCGCUGUAGCACCUUUCAUCAGUGCCGAGGGGAUCCUCACCCAACCAAUUGCUACCCUCUCCGUGACAUUUUUCCUCUAUGGGAUUUACAGUGCCAUGUUCGGGUUAUCGAUCCACGUACUCUUUCGCCGCAACAGCAAUGACCACAAAUUAUACACGGGAUGUGCUAUCGCGCUAUUUACGUUAGCUACCAUCUACACUUCUAUCGAAACUUGGGGAGUGUCCCGACAAACGUUCAUUGGGUUCCACUCUGCGACGACGGGGGAUUACGCUCCUUUAGUCCAGUACCUCAAAGGAGACGAUAGGAGGAGCGCUUGGAAUGCGAUCACGGCCAUUGUUUCCAAUCUUAUGAAUUCAUUAGCCGCCUCGAUGCUCAUUCACCGCUGUUAUGUCAUUUUCGAUUCCAACAAAUUUGUUAUCUUUCCGCUUUCUUUCGUUGCGUGUGUUUUGAAUGUUAUCGAUUUCGGGUGCAUCAUAGCCAUGUCAAGUGGGUUUGGCGGCGAUUCGAAGCCUUACAAUGACCACGUUGUAUCGAAGUCGCUUUCAAUUCAUCAUGGGGUAGCGAUUGGGAUAGUUGUCUUUCAGGUGUUAUUGACUUUGAUUACUGGAGGACGCAUCUGGUGGAUUACGCGCAAAGCAAGGCAGCUAAAGGAAGGACCUGCAGCCCCGAUAUAUAACGAUGUCUUGGCCAUCAUGAUCGAGUCUGGGUUGUUAUAUGCAGCUACCCUGUUGGCCAUGUUGGUGCUCAAAGAUGCGCUGGAUCCCACUAGGUCGGGUCUCCUUCCGCUCAAUUUCGUGGUCAUCUCAACCUUAGUAUCGGGCCUCGCACCCACAAUGGUCAUUGCCCGAGUCGCAUACGGCAAGUCCGUGGACAGUGUUGAGCAGACGUUGUCGGCGUUCCGUGUUGCCGAAGUUCAGACUAGUCAGCAAAGGUCUAUCGGCACAAGACGAACCACUGUUGAUCUCCAGAUACGAACGCAGCGCGAUAUGAGUCACAACCUGCAUGUGGAAGAGCCGUCAGUUAUCCUGACAGCAGUUAAUAAAGAGGUCUAGAUGUCGCUCCAGCCAAAAAUGUCUCGGUUAUUCCCCAUGUUUUCCUACACGACUUUUGUUCUUUCCCUAAUUUAUUGCUCGGUGUCUUCGAUUCUAUCUGGGUUAUCAGCAAUGCUCUUCCAAGCGUCAUGACGAACCAUUGAGUAGGACGAGGCUCAUCGAAUGUCCUAGGCGUGGUGACGGCGCC